AUUACAGGCGCCUAUUUACGGAGGCGGUCGCCCGCGGCGGAGGGAUACACUCGCGAGAUGUCCGCGGCCGCGUGUCUCCUGCUGCUACUGGUGGUCUGCAUGGGCAGCGCGCAAGCUGCGAGGAGCAGGCGAUUUUUCUGGCCCUUCUCCGGGCUGUUCGGCGGGGGGCCGGACUGCGGCGGGGGCGGCGACUGCCCCCCGCACCACUGCCGCCUCGACUCCGCCGUCAUCCACGGCUACUGCUGCGGCUGCGCCAAGCUCACCGACCGCGUGCCCAUCGCGUGCCCGCCGAGCCUGCAGUGCCCGCUGUCGCCGCAGCCGCUGUGCUCCGACUACGACUACAUGAUGGACUGCUGCUGCUGACUUGCCGCGUCUCCCGUCUCGGGGGCAGCGCCAU